AGCCAUGACAGGAACUCCAGCAGUUUCUUGUAAUUGCCGUGUCACUAUUAUUGUCUAAACUCUGGGGCUGCUGCUUGCUAUAAUCUCAUGUGUCACAGUAUAUAUUAUGCCUCUAUGGAUGCAUUAUUUUAUUCAUUCCUCCCAAUCAUCUUAUCAGUAACUGUUGUCCUUACUUCACAGAGGAGGCAUCUGAAACUCAACAAGUUUCAGCAACUGGCCCAAGGCCACCCAGCUAGUGGGAUUUAUACUUGGAUCUACUCUAAUCCGGAGACUGAUCCUUAAGAACCACCUUGUACUACAUCUCUUGGUAAAUGCCUCCAAAGUAACAACCCAACUCCUCCUGCUCCAGGUUCCCACCAGCAUCAAGGACCAGCCUGUCUGAGAAACUCCCGGUCACAAGGCCAUCACCAAGGGACCACCUGUCCCUGUGUUGCCAGUCCCCAGCAUGCAGGAAACCCAGACAACACCCUCAUUGUCCAUCCCCAGCCGGUCCUCAACCUCCACCCAGGACCGAUCCUCCACCACCGGCCAAGCUUCAAGCACAGGCCCACAGCCCUCAAAGCCCCCAACCAUCGCACCCCCGGUGAAGCCCAAGGGCCCGAGUUCUGGGGCUGGUGUACAUCGGAUGCGCAGGAUUAUCGCUGAGGAUACCGAAUGGUCACUGGCCAUCGUGCCCCUUCUCACAGAGCUCUGCAUUCAGCACAUUGUCAAGAACUUUCAGAACAACCCUAUCCUGAAGCAGCUGCUCCCAGAGCAUCAGAAGAAGGUCCUGAGCCACCUGCCCCCUGACCUGCCACUGGCUGUGACUGCCAACCUUAUUGACGACGAGAACUACUGGCGCCGCUGCUGCAUGCAGCGCUGGCCCGUGUGCCACGUGGACGAGCACGGCGGCAGCUGGAAGCGCAUGUUCUUUGAGCUGCACCUGGAGAACCUGCUGAAGCACUUCAUCCCCAGCACCACGGACCCCGAGGUGAUCCUCAGCCUGCUGCCGCUCUGCAGGAACUAUGUCCGCACCAUCCGGGUGGACCAGUUCCUUCCACCCGUGCAGCUCCCGUCCCCGCCCCAUGGCGGGGAUCAGUCAGACUCUGGCAGUGAGGGAGAGAUGGAGGAGCCCGCCAUGGACCACUACCAGCUGAGGGACCUGGUGGCUGGCCUGGACCAUCUGGAGGAGCUGGACCUAGUGUACGGUGUCAAGGACUGUGGCAUGAACUUCGAGUGGAACCUGUUCCUCUUCACCUACCGUGACUGUCACUCCUUGGCGGCUACCAUCAAGGCGUGCCACACCCUCAAGGUCUUCAGGCUGACCCGAAGCAAGGUGGACGACGACAAGGCACGCAUCCUGAUUCGAAGCCUCCUGGACCACCCGGCCCUUGAGGAGCUGGACCUGUCGCACAACCUCAUUGGAGACCGGGGUGCGCGCGCCGCCGCCAAGCUGUUGAGCCACAGCCGCCUGCGCGUGCUCAGCCUUGCCAAUAACCAGGUGCGCGCGCCCGGCGCCCAGUCUCUGGCUCACGCGCUGGCGCACAACACCAACCUCCUCUCCCUCAACCUGCGCCUCAACUGCAUCGAAGACGAGGGCGGCCAGGCGCUCGCCCACGCCUUGCAGACCAACAAGUGCCUCACCACACUGCACCUCGGGGGCAACGAGCUGUCCGAGCCCACCGCCUCGCUCCUCUCCCAGGUGCUUUCCAUCAACACCACGCUCACCAGCAUCAACCUGACCGGCAACCACAUUGGACUGGAUGGUGGGAAGCAGCUCCUGGAAGGCAUGUCAGACAACAAGACCCUCCUGGAGUUUGAUUUGCGCCUGUCAGAUAUUGCCCAGGAGAGCGAGUAUCUCAUCAGCCAGGCCCUCUGUGCCAACAGAGAAGCAGCCCGCCAGCAGGCCCUGAAUCCCAGCCACUUCAUGUCACCAAUCACUGCCAAGGGCCCUGAGAACCCUGCAGGAUAAGAUGGGGACAGGGAUGGGGCAGCGACCAGACCUGGGUCACUGCCCCAGCCCCUUCCCUCAUUUCAUGCCCCGCCCCCACACCUUGCAGCAGAGUGUCAUACUGGUCCACGGGGAGGGGGAGGGGACACCAAGACUGUCCUCAGGAGGAGUGAUCAAGAGUUGUGCAGAUAAGGAUGUGAGAAGGGGCCUGGGAUAGGGGUAGGAAGUGGGACUUAGCCCUGGUACCCAGGGAGAGGGUAUGAUGGACCCACUGAAAUGACUGACUUCUUUCGGGAACAGGGAGGCAAAGCAGACCCUAAGGGAUAGGGACCCACCCACCUCCCUGACCCCUGUCCCCACCAUCUUUCUCUGUACCAAAUGGAUCUUUGACCUCUUGAUCUGCAAACACACUCUCUCUCUCUCCCUCUCCGCCCCCCGCCUCUGGCUCCAGCAGAGUUUUGCCUGGCUCUUCCACCCUCACCCCUGCAGAUGCCACCUCCCUAUUAUUUGACUCUGCUAAAAUCAUCUAGUUUUACAGGCCUUGCCGACCCCUAAUCCACCUGCCCAACUUGGGCGGAGGAAACAGAGGUGUCAGGAGGGAAUUAGACCUAGCCAUCUCCCCAGAGAGCUGCUCACAGGAGGGGGAGAUGGCAAGAGAGGCGCCACACUGGGAAGGGAAGUCAGUGAGUCAUCCGCAACUUUAUUAUCCACCAGUUUGAUUUAUACAAUCUUUGCGCUUGGAAAUCCACGACAGAAAGGCCACAGUGUGAUGCACCCAAUUGACAGAGACCUGUCUUCUCCCCAGCCAGGCCCGGCCCAGCCCACCCCACAAGCCCUUGUCCCCAGGCCACAUGGAACCUUCUAAGCACCCUCCAUGAGGCCCCAUCACUCUGUGGCUGCCCACCCUGGGGCCACACCCAUGGGAGUCACAUCUACACAUGAGGCCACGAGAGGACGUGACUGAUGGAUUCAGGCUGAACCCCAUGCCCCAUCGUCCCUGGGCUGAGGGACCCAGAACCUCCAGCCCCUUGUGUCCAGAGAAUGGGUCACAGGCUGCAACCACAGCCUCAGGAUGCCUGCUUUCCAGGGACUCCUGCCAAUAGGCAGAUGCUGAGCAGAGCACCAGAGGGGGCUUGGGAGCCACUGCACGUGUGUGCCUGUCUGGGCAACCUCGGGUCUGUGCCUGACACCCUCUGACAGUUCCGGAGUGCAAACGUGUAGGUGUGAGGGUGUGUGUGAGUGUACAUAGCCACAGCUGCUAGCAGAGGUUCUAAUUCGAGAAACAAGAACAUUCAGUGUAAAGUUUAAUUUUAGAGAUUAAUUUUCUGGUUUUCAUUUUCCCUGGCAAUCAAUAAAGCUACCAAGGGAAAAAAAAAA